AAGGGGGAUAGCUUGGAGGAGAAAUCCCUAUAUAAAGAAACGCUAGGCCAUCUCAAGUACCCUCCAACUAUAAAAACCUAGUACCCUUCCCCCAUCUGUCUCCUCAACGGAAAGGCUGCGCCUUAUCUGUAUAUAUAUAUAUAGGUUGCAUCUGCUUCUUGUCCAGUUCUUUGUGUUGUAGUGUGUUGAAGUUGAAGUUCCUUUUAUGUCCGAACAAGCCAUUCUCUAUUUGGGGGUGAUUGGGCUGCUUGGAAAAUAUUGCCCUAAGUCAAGAGAGAAGAGCCCUCAUUUUUCUGAUAUGAUUGAAUGUAUGCAUCUUGAGCCAUUUCAGGAGCAUUUAGAUUUUUCUGAUCACAUCAAGGCGCAACAAACCAGGAUUUUUGUGCUGGAAAACCCCUUGAAAGCUUCUCCGUGUUGGAACCCAUCUGCUACUUCCUGACAUUUUUAGUAUUUUGCAUUGAAGUAAAUAUGGCUUUGCAGAAUAUAGGUGCCAGCAACAGUGAUGAUGCCUUCUACAGGUACAAGAUGCCCAGGAUGAUUACCAAGAUAGAGGGUCGUGGGAAUGGCAUCAAGACUAAUAUUGUGAACAUGGUUGAUAUUGCCAAAGCUUUGGCUAGGCCACCUGCCUAUACUACGAAAUAUUUUGGUUGUGAGCUUGGGGCACAAUCAAAAUUUGAUGAAAAAACUGGUACUUCACUUGUCAAUGGAGCUCAUGACACUUCAAAACUUGCUGGUCUUCUUGAAAACUUCAUUAAGAAGUAUGUUCAGUGCUAUGGGUGUGGAAACCCUGAAACAGAGGUCAUUAUUACAAAAAGUCAGAUGAUCCAACUGAAAUGUGCUGCUUGUGGUUUUGUUUCUGAUGUGGACAUGAGGGACAAGCUUACUUCUUUUAUUCUAAAGAAUCCACCUGAAGCCAAAAAGAGCUCGAAGGAUAAGAAGGCAAUGAGGAGGGCUGAGAAGGAGCGACUGAAGGAAGGAGAGGCAGCUGAUGAGGAGAUGAAGAAGCUGAAGAAGGAAACAAAGAAAAAGGUUUCUUCCAAGGAUGCUGCAGUGAAAACUAGCUCUAAAAAGAAACCUAGUGGUUUGGAUGGUGAUCAUGCUUCCCCACCAAGAAACCAUGUUAAUGAGGAACAAGAGGAUGAUGAUAACGAUGAUGACGAUGUGAUGUGGCAAACUGACACAUCAAUGGAAGCUGCACGCCAACGCAUCCAAGAGCAGCUAAAUGCGGUAACGGCUGAUAUGGUUAUGCUUUCAACAGAUGACACAGAGAAGCCCAAGACUAAGAAGGGUCAUGGAAGUCCAAAAGCUGCUUCUCCACCAUCUGAGGAGCAUUCCAACGAAAAAGAUGGCCUCUCCUCUCAUGAGAGGCUUGUUGAGGAAUUGAAGAACAAUUUGAAGAAAGGAAUCACUGCCAGCCAAUUUCUAUCUGUUCUAGGAGUACUCGCUGGGACUCCCCAAGAAGUCAUGAUUGCCUUGUAUGAGUCGCUCUUGGAUGGUGUUGACAAGGGGUAUGCCAAGGCAAUUGUCAAAAAGAAGGGCUAUCUCGUUGCUGCCCUUUCUCAAAGUGAAGGGUCACAACUGUUUUUGCUGAAAGGGAUUGAAGAUUUCUGUGGAAAAUCCAACCCUGCUGCCGUGAAAGAAAUUGCAUUGGUUUUGAAAGCGUUGUAUGAUGCUGAUAUUUUGGAGGAAGAAUAUAUAGUUAAAUGGUAUAAUGAAGGUCUUAAGGGCAACAAGGACUCUCCAGUUUGGAAGAAUGCUAAACCUUUUAUUGAAUGGCUUCAAAGUGCGGAGUCUGAAUCUGAGGAGGAAUGAUAUCUUCAGCAUUAUCAUCAUAUCAAGCGAAAUGAUAUCAUCAUAUCAAGCGAUAUAAAUGUUGCUCCCGAAUUAUAGAUUCCCCACUUUUUACCCACCUCAUUUAGAGGUGUUAUAUGCUUUCUUUGUAUUCCUGUUUCAUGUGUCUGCCCUCGUUGCGUCUGGACAUGCGAUCUGGUUGUGUUUUAUGAAAUUUGGUCUUGUUUUGUGUUGUGGGUUCGUAGAUUUGUUAUAUUGUUGCAUGUGCUUCCUAUAUUAGUUGUUUCAGUCUACCAAUAUACGCAUUUCCUUAAA